UGACUAGACUAGACAUCAUUGGACCUUAAAAAAAUGCGUGCACUUUAAACCAUUUCACUGUGUUUUUAGUGGGAUUCAGCAGAUGUUUUGAUGCAGUAACGCCAUUUUUUAUUGUAGUUGUGUGUGCUAACGCUUAUUUAAUUUGAGUUUGUGAGAUUGCAGGUCAAGAGGAUGCCAACUCACAGUUACUGCUCGUUGAUUUCUGUUUUAUUGUGUUUGUGUGCAUGUUUGAGCACAACAGACACUGGACUUGCAGUCGCAGCAAAGUCAGAGUGCCGAAGUGAAAAAUCUGGUGCAGGUAAGUGUGCCGUUCUGUGUGCCUAUGACAGUGACUGUCCGAACAAUGAGAAAUGCUACAGCAAUGGACGUGGACGUCAGUGUAUGGCUCCAAAUACAGUUAAGUCUGUGCCCAAGCCUCCAGUGAUGCUUGCCGCCAAACUAUUCAAGCCUCCAAUGAAGCCCGCUGCUGAACUGUCCAUGCUUCCAGAAAAACCUGAUGUCAAACUGGCCGGGCCUCCAGUCAAGCCUGCCUGCGAACUGGCCGGGCCUCCAGUCAAGCCUGCCUGCGAACUGGCCGGGCCUCCAGUCAAGCCUGCCUGCGAACUGGCCGGGCCUCCAGUCAAGCCUGCCUGCGAACUGGCAGGGCCUCCAGUGAAGCCUGCCCCUGAACUGGCCGAGCCUCCGGUGAACCCUGCGCCCGAACUGCCCGAGCCUCCGGUGAACCCUGCGCCCGAACUGCCCGAGCCUCCGGUGAACCCUGCACCCGAACUGCCCGAGCCUCCGGUGAACCCUGCGCCCGAACUGCCCGAGCCUCCGGUGAACCCUGCGCCCGAACUGCCCGAGCCUCCGGUGAACCCUGUGACCGAGCCUCCCGUCAACCCUGCGCCCGAACUGCCCGAGCCUCCGGUGAACCUGCGCCCGAACUGCCCGAGCCUCCGGUGAACCCUGCGCCCGAACUGCCCGAGCCUCCGGUGAACCCUGCGCCCGAACUGCCCGAGCCUCCGGUGAACCCUGCGCCCGAACUGCCCGAGCCUCCGGUGAACCCUGCGCCCGAACUGCCCGAACUGCCCGAGCCUCCGGUCAACCCUGCGCCCGAACUGCCCGAGCCUCCGGUCAACCCUGCGCCCGAACUGCCCGAGCCUCCGGUCAACCCUGCGCCCGAACUGCCCGAGCCUCCGGUCAACCCUGCGCCCGAACUGCCGGUCAACCCUGUGCCCGAACUGCCCGAGCCUCUGGUCAACCCUGCGCCCGGACUGCCCGAGCCUCUGGUGAGCCCUGCCGCUAAACUGCCCGUGCCUCCAGCGAGGCUAGUUUCAGAUCCCUCCAAGCAACCAGUGAAUCCUGCUGCUGAACCGCUUGCGCCUCCAAGGAAGCCUGCCAUCUACCCGCCCAAGCCUGAAGUGAAGAUUUCUGCCGAACUGCCCAGGAAUCCAGUGAAGCUUUCUGCCAAACUGUUCAUGCCUCCAAUGAAGCCUGCCCCCAAGCCUCCAGUGAAGCUUGCUGCAGAACCGCCCAAGCCUCCAAUGAAGCUUACUGCUGAAUGGCCUAAGGCUCCAGUGAAGUUUUCCGCCCAACUGUUCAAGCCUCAAGUGAAGUUUACCUCCAGUGAAGCCUGCCGCCCAAGCCUCCAGGGGUAAAUUGGAAACCCCUCACAGGUUUCCAGCAAACUGCCCAUGCCAAUUUUGCGUAACGCAUAGCCAACUGGAGUUCUGAUCAAUUCAGUGCUUUAUUCAAAUUGCAUGGUUUCACAAAAUAAAUGUUUAAGACUC